AUGGCCUCAAGUUCGAAAAAAACCACCUCUAACGACAACUGUUGCAGCAGCAGCACCGUUAAUGGUGGUGCUGGUGGUUCUUCAGGUUUGGAAUCAUUACAAGUACAGAAAAAUAAGAUUGUUACAUCAACCACUAAUCCUUCUUCCAAAGGUAUUCAGAAUAUGUUGAGGGCACAAAGCUGUCACCCAUUGGACCCUUUAUCAGCUGCAGAAAUCGCAGUUGCUGUCGGGACGGUCAGAGCUGCAGGAGCCACUCCAGAGGAAAGGGAUAGUAUGCGGUUUAUCGAAGUGGUAUUGGUGGAACCAGAUAAAAGCAUCAUAGCACUAGCAGAUGCAUAUUUCUUCCCACCUUUCCAGCCAUCACUACUUCCAAAAUCAAAAGGUGGCGCGUUCGUUCCCAGCAAACUUCCCGCAAGACGGGCUAGACUCGUAGUAUACAACAAACGAUCAAACGAGACCAGUAUUUGGAUUAUUGAACUGACUCAAGUACACGCUGCGACUCGUGGUGGUCCAAAUAGGGGAAAGGUUAUUUCUUCGCAAGUUAUACCCGACGUUCAACCUCCCAUGGAUGCUGUGGAAUAUGCUGAGUGUGAAGCUGUUGUGAAAGAUUUCCCUCCAUUCCAGGAGGCAAUGAGAAAGAGGGGAAUUCUGGAUAUGGAUCUUGUCAUGGUUGACCCUUGGUGUGUAGGGUACUACAGUGAUAAAGAUGCGCCUAGUCGCAGGCUUGCUAAACCGCUCAUAUUUUGUAGGACGGAGAGUGACUGCCCUAUGGAGAACGGGUACGCACGUCCAGUGGAAGGCAUCUAUGUUCUGGUCGAUAUGCAAAAUAUGGUGGUUAUUGAAUUCGAGGACCGUAAACUUGUUCCGCUUCCUCCGGUUGAUCCGUUGAGAAACUAUACUUCCGGCCAAACAAGAGGAGGUGUCGACCGUAGUGAUGUGAAGCCCCUGCAGAUUAUUCAGCCAGAAGGACCUAGCUUCCGUGUUAACGGACAGUUUGUAGAAUGGCAGAAGUGGAACUUUCGGGUUGGUUUCACUCCAAAAGAGGGUCUGGUCAUAUAUUCUGUUGCAUAUACUGACGGUAGUGGGGGACGGAGACCCAUAGCUCACAGGCUGAGUUUUGUUGAGAUGGUGGUACCGUACGGUGAUCCGAACGAGCCACAUUACAGGAAAAAUGCAUUUGAUGCUGGAGAAGAUGGCCUGGGGAAGAAUGCACAUUCUCUGAAAAAGGGGUGUGAUUGUUUGGGCUUCAUCAAGUAUUUCGAUGCCCAUUUUACAAACUUCACCGGAGGAGUAGAGACGAUUGAAAAUUGUGUAUGCAUGCAUGAGGAGGACCAUGGUAUACUAUGGAAGCAUCAAGAUUGGAGGUCUGGCUUAGCAGAAGUUAGAAGGUCUAGAAGGCUGACGGUAUCCUUUUUCUGCACCGUGGCUAAUUACGAGUACGGAUUCUUUUGGCAUUUCUAUCAGGAUGGAAAAAUAGAAGCUGAGGUUAAGCUAACUGGAAUUCUCAGCUUAGGAGCAUUACAACCCGGUGAAUCAAGGAAAUACGGCACGACUAUCGCUCCAGGAUUAUAUGCACCAGUACAUCAACAUUUCUUUGUUUCUCGUAUGGACAUGGCUGUGGACUGUAAGCCUGGGGAAGCGCUCAAUCAGGUAGUUGAGGUGGAUGUGAAAGUCGAAGAACCUGGCAAGAACAACAUCCAUAACAACGCUUUCUACGCAGAAGAAAGAGUGCUCAAGUCUGAGAUGGAAGCCAUGCGUAACUGCAAUCCUUUAUCAGCUCGCCACUGGAUUGUCAAGAAUACAAGAAAUGCCAACCGUACAGGGCAGCUAACAGGUUACAAGCUAAUGCCUGGUUCAAACUGUGCGCCUUUGGCAGGCCCGGAGGCAAAAUUCAUGAGAAGAGCUGCAUUCCUCAAACACAAUCUCUGGGUUACAAAAUAUGCACCUGAUGAGAUGUACCCAGGAGGGGAGUUUCCUAACCAAAACCCACGGGACAAUGAAGGUUUAACUACAUGGGUGGAGCAAAAUCGGUCCCUCGAAGAAACAGAUAUAGUUCUUUGGUAUGUUUUCGGAAUCACUCACAUUCCUCGACUGGAAGAUUGGCCUGUGAUGCCGGUUGAACAUAUUGGCUUUACACUUGCACCACAUGGUUUCUUCAAUUGCUCUCCAGCUGUGGAUGUCCCACCAAGCACAAGUGAAUUAGACGUCGGAGCUGCCGCCGCCAAGCCUAUUACGAACGGACUCCGGUCAAAGCUUUAG